UUUAACUUUUUCUUUCGUUUAAAUCUGCUGGUUUCGAUGAUCGUCAUAUGGUGUAUACGUUCAGAUUAACAGUCUGUAUGUACAUCCAUAUGUACGUGCAUGCAUAACAAUUAUAAUGCGUCCUAUUCUACGACAAUGUGCAGUGCUGAGUGGAAUUUAAGAUAAGCGUUGCGAACGCGAUUAAUCAUCGUGAUCUCACAGUUCCAUGCACUUAAACACCAUCAAUGAAUACACAGUAGUUGUUAACUUUCUUGUUCAUACGUAGCAUACCCAAAUUUAACUAUUGAUGCCUUUUUGUUUGAAAAAUUAUACAAUCUGUAAUAUGGAGGAAUAUUCUGUAGUAUCAGAUGUAUCGGUUGUAGAUGUCUAUGACAUUGCUUCCGAAAUAGGGAAAGAAUGUGAGAAACUCAUAGAUGCAUUUGGUGUAGAAUCUGUGACCAAUCUUAUGCCAAAAGUGAUACACGGAUUAGAGCUGUUGGAAAGCCUCGCAACCAAAAAUGAAUGUGAAAACACGAUAGUCCAAGAGUUACGUGCAAAGAUUUCACAAUUGGAAACGGAUAAGAUCGGAAAAGCAGAGGACAGGCAAAGAUUUGAAAAGGAAUUGGAACAAAUAGAAGAGCAUUGGCGGCAAGAGUCUCGUGAACUAGUAGGAAUGGUUACAAGAUUACAGGAAGAAAAUAGACGAUUGGCAGAGGCUCUACAAGAGUCACGCAGUGACAGUCAGUACAGCAGUAAACAAACUUUUACAGCUAGCCAAGAAGUUGAUAUAGCAGUGUUACAACAUUUAAGAUCCAUGAUAGACAAGCAAAGAGAUCAAAUUCGAGUAAGAGACAAAGAACUACAGCAGAAAAAUGUGGAUAUAGAAAAUCUAACAGCGCAAGUCGAAAAACUUGGGGUCGUUGGCCGAGAAUUAAAGCGUAAACAACGUCAAGCGCAAAUGCAAGCUCGUGGUUUGGUAGAAGAAAGAGCAGACUUUUUGGCACAGUUGCAAGAUCAAAAUCGUGAAUUGAUCAAUCUUCGAGCCCGUCUUGGUUUGGCAAAAAAAGAAAACGAAGAUCUAAGUAAAUUGCAGGGAUGUCCAGACCUAACGAAUAAGGCUGUUUAUGAUCUAGAUGACCCUGAUAGACCAAGGUUUACCACCGCCGAAUUAAAAGAAAUUCUACAUGAACGAAAUGAACUAAAAGCCAGGGUCUCAGAUUUGGAAGACGAAUUGGAACUGUAUCGACCGAAGCCUGAAAUAGUGGAGGAUGAUAAAGACGCUCCUGUCCAAGGACCACUUCCUUACGAACCAGAUGACGCGCCAUGGAAAAAGUCUGAAUCUGGAAUUCGUAAAUUUUUUCGAAAAAUUUUCUCAGAGUCCAGCAGUAGUUUCUUAGUUGGUAGUAGUCCACGCAGAAGUCUUUCUAGUCUAUCAAAGAUGGCCCUGUCAGGAAAUAGUACAUGUGAUGAAUCUGUAUAAUGAUUUUUUACCAAGCGACUAAACAAGUUCACAUGCCCCGCAAAAAAUAAUUGAACGUAAUGCUCUAGGAUCCACUUAACAGUAUUUUAUUCCUUGAUAAUGAUUAUACAUUCAGAAAAAUUAUUUUAAAACGUACGUAGUUUUUUUUAGAACCAACCAAGAUUAGUCAUUGUAAUUAGAUAAUUGACUGAUACGAGUGUAGGCAUUUAUACAGAAACGAAACAUUCAAAUAUUUGCAUGUGUAUUAAUAUGUAUUUAUUAUUCAUACAGAAAUCAGAAAGACAUUUUACUAUUUACGUACUCUUAUCUUUAAAAAUGAAUUUGCAUUCUGCUAGGUGAGCAUGAUAAUAAUGCAUACAAUAUUAUCUUUUUAUUUAAUAAUUUCUAUAAAUUACAGUAUACAGAAUAAAACUAGGUAAAAUUACUUUUAACAU